CCGGGUCAGGCUGAGGCGCGGCGGCGCGAGGCGCUGUCAGAGCUGCUCUGCGAGUUCGGCCCAGCCCGCCCGGGGAGCGCCACCGCUGCCAUGGAGCCCCAUCGCUGGCUGCCCCUGGAGGCCAACCCCGACGUCACGAAUCAGUUCCUCAAACAGUUGGGUAUACAUCCUGACUGGCAAUUUGUAGAUGUUUAUGGUAUGGAACCAGAGCUGCUUAGCAUGGUGCCAAGACCUGUAUGCGCAGUGCUACUUCUCUUUCCAAUAACAGAAAAGUAUGAAACCUUCAGAACAGAAGAAGAAGAGAGAAUAAAAGCUAAGGGGCAAGACGUGAAAUCAUCCGUGUAUUUCAUGAAGCAGACCAUUAACAAUGCUUGUGGAACAAUUGGGCUAAUUCAUGCUAUUGCAAACAACAGAGAUAAAAUGAACUUUGAAACUAACUCUUCACUGAAGAAAUUCCUAGAAGAUUCAUUAUCUAUGACUCCUGAAGAGAGGGCCAAAUAUCUAGAAACUUACGAAGCUAUUCGUGUCACUCAUGAAUCCAGUGCCCAUGAAGGUCAGACUGAGGCACCAAGUAUAGAUGAAAAAGUAGAUCUUCACUUUAUUGCCUUAGUUAAUGUAGGUGGUCAUCUCUAUGAAUUGGAUGGGCGCAAGCCAUUUCCAAUAAACCAUGGGGAAACCAGUGACGAUUCCUUUUUAGAGGAUGCAAUAGAAGUUUGCAAGAAAUUCAUGGAACGUGACCCAGAAGAAUUAAGAUUUAAUGCAAUUGCACUGUCUGCAGCUUAAAAGCUUUUUUCAGUGAGACUAUUGCAAUGUAUUGUAACAAUAAACUGUUGCCAUAUGUUAAUAGUACAAAUUUUGAUACUUCCCUAAUGUGUUGAUUAAUUGUAGCAUACAUGGAAUAAACUUUGCAUUUGUCCUUGCUAUAUUUUGCUGCUUGUUCCUACAGCAACUUUGGGUAUUUAUAUACAAGCAUGCAUUUUGUGCAAGAUUUCUAUGUGGUGGGUUUUUUUCCCUUCCACCCCCUUAAAAUUUUCAGAAAUUACUGUCUGUGAUGUUUCAUCAUAAUAAUGAUGAGCUAGUUCAGAGUAGGAUUAUUGUUUGUAUCAUUCACAGAUAACAUUCUGAGUGGCGUAUAUGGUAUGUUAAUGGGUGAAAACUUGGAAUAUGAGGCUAUCUCCAUCUUUUAUUUGUAAUGGUGCAAGAAUAUUAUAAGAACUUCUUCAGGUGAUUCAAAUGACAAAGACAUUUUUUCAGUGCAUUAUUUAUAAAUAAAUAUAUGGAAGAAAAAAAGCAGAAAAAGGACUGUUCUUCCUGUUGGUGAGCACUAACAUUUUAAAAUUAUCUUAAUGUUUACAUUUUGAAUAAAACUUCACUUUGUUUCUCAAGCCUAAUAAUGUUAAUAAAUUGUCAAAAAGCUUUAGUUAAACCAAUGUUUGCUAUUUGUAUAUGUGGAAAAACAAUGUGGAUUUUUGCCCUGGAAAAGGCACAUUAACUAGUUCAAAUGGUAGGACUGUGGAGGGCACACACAGAUGAAUAGAGCGAUGUGAAGUAUCUCACCUAAUUGAAAUAAAUUAUAGAAAAGUAA